AUUUUUACAAGAUAGUUCACCCCACGUCAGUGUUUGAACGAAAUCUGAACAGAUGUAAUAACCAGAAUAAUGUUCAGUCCAUCAAUAAAGGCUUUAUCAUUUCCAAGCAACAUUCUUUCUUUACUUCCUCUUCAAUCAAUCCAUUACACAAAACACAGUCACUUAUUACAUCCUCAUCAUCAUUUCCAAAAACCUUUGACAAAAACAAAUUAAGAUCUCAAACAAUGUACGGAAAAGUAAUCCUCUCCAUUAUAUUCAUACUUCUAAUCCUUCUCACCUAUGCCAUCUUCAUCGGAAGCCUAGACAUGAAGCCAUACUUCUACCCACUUCUCCAACAACCACCGCCGUCGCCGUCGUUACCCGCCGUGAGACCGCUCUCCGCUUGUAAGCCGCUCAAAAUCUACAUGUACGAUCUUCCCCGGAGAUUCCACAUGGGCAUGAUUGAUCAUAAUGCAAGUGCGGAAAAUGAGCCGGUGACGGCGGAGAAUUUUCCGGCGUGGCCCGGAGGUUCGGGGCUGAGGAGGCAGCAUAGCGUGGAGUAUUGGUUAAUGGCGUCGCUGUUGUAUGAGGGGAGUGGAGCUGUGAAGGAGGGUGUUAGGGUUUUGGAUCCUGAAUUGGCGGAUGCUUUUUUUGUUCCCUUUUUUUCUUCGUUGAGUUUUAAUAGUCAUGGCCAUCUUAUGACUGAUCCUGAAACUGAGAUUGAUCGGCAAUUGCAGGUUGAUGUUAUAGACAUGUUAUAUCAGUCUAAGUACUGGCAGAGAUCUGGAGGUAGAGACCAUGUGAUUCCCAUGACACAUCCGAAUGCCUUUAGAUUUCUACGACAACAGUUGAAUGCUUCUAUUCUUAUAGUUGCAGAUUUUGGUCGCUACCCCAGAUCAAUGUCUACUUUGAGCAAAGAUGUGGUGUCCCCGUAUGUACACAUUGUUGAUUCUUUCACCGAUGAUAAUGUUUCUGAUCCAUUUGAGUCUCGUACUACACUUCUUUUCUUCCGUGGAAAUACCGUCAGGAAAGAUGAAGGCAAGGUUCGUGCUAAAUUAGCAAAGAUAUUAGUCGGUUAUGAUGAUAUCCAUUUCGAGCAAAGCUCAGCUACUGCAGAAACAAUAAAAGCGUCAACCGAAGGGAUGCGCUCCUCAAAGUUCUGCCUGCAUCCUGCUGGAGACACUCCAUCUUCUUGCCGACUUUUUGAUGCUAUUGUAAGCCAUUGUGUUCCGGUCAUCGUGAGCGAUCAAAUCGAGCUUCCUUACGAAAAUGAAGUAGAUUACAGCCAAUUUUCAGUUUUCUUUUCCGUAAAUGAGUCAAUUCAACCAGAUUACAUGAUUGAUCAGCUUCGGCAAUUUCCAAAAGCGCGAUGGUUAGACAUGUGGACACAUCUUAAGAACAUUUCCCAUCACUUUGAGUUUCAAUAUCCACCAAAAAAGGAAGAUGCUGUUAACAUGCUAUGGAGACAGGUAAAACAUAAGAUUCCGAGGGCUCAACUUGCUGUUCAUCGAAACCGGAGGUUGAAAAUUCCGGAUUGGUGGUAGAAGAUAUAUCAUGGAAUUUGGCUUAUAUCACACUGUACAUUCAUCAUUUUUUAUCAGUUAACAGAUUUUCUUUUGGAGGGAAUAAUCAGAGGCAGUUGACACUCAGCAGUCUCUUAUUUUUUGUACAAUAUAUACAUUUUUAGCAACUACCUCGAUGGAGAUUCUUUUUGACAGCGGAGACCUGCCAUCUUGUCGUAUUUUCCAAGCAACACUGCAGAAGUGCAAGUUAAGCAUGUCGACCGGCUGUAUAAUUAUGGAGUUUACAAGUUUUGUUAUACUUAAUUGUUUCUUUUGGAUCCUAGAGUAGUCAAAUUUUUUGACAGCAGAUUUAAUUGUUUGGUUAUCUUUUUCUUUUUUGCUGUUUUCUGUUAUAGAGUUCGCAUAUAUGUAUCUCUCAGUCUACUUUAUAGUAUUAGACUCAUAUUUAUCUUUUA